AAUGCAUGCAGUAGCUGUGAAGGCAAUGGCAACCACGUUGGCACAACCACAAAUCGAGAAUCGGGGAGGAUUACUCGUAGAAUUGGCUUCCCUGGUCGGAAGGGUCAACCGUGCUUUGUCCAUUCUACUGAGAACGGCUCUCAGACCAAAGUCUUUGAGACAGCAAGUCCAGAUGUUCAUUGAAAGGGGGAUAAUAGACUGUCGAUUCUUUACAUUACUUGCAGUUGCGGGAUCUCUACUCGGUUCAGUACUGUGCUUUGUAGAGGGUUGCUUUAUUGUUCUAGAGUCAUAUUUCCGGUAUUUCCAUGCCUUGUCACACAAGACGGAUCAAGGCCAUAUGGUGCAUCUUCUUAUUGAAGCCAUUGAUAUGUUCCUGGUAGGAACCGCCAUGCUUAUUUUCGCGGUUGGGUUGUAUGCCAUGUUCGUCGGGUCAAAGGCCGCGAAAGAAAGAGGACCGCGGUUUUCCGACUCAAACUUGUUUGGUCUCUUCUACAUGAAGGCACCUCCAGCAUGGGUUAACAUGCAAUCAGUUUCGCAAGCGAAAUCAAAAAUAGGGCAUGCGGUGGUAAUGAUACUGCAAGUGGGACUGCUGGAAAAGUUCAAGAGCAUACCUCUAGUUACGCCGCUCGAUCUUGCUUGCUUUGCUGGAUCUGUGCUUCUUUCCUCUGCUGGUAUCUUCCUUCUCUCGAGACUCUCUGCCACUGCAAGCCCCGCUGCAACUGGUGUACAUGGAAGAUAGAUCAUACAGCUAACUGAUGAUGAUGUCCACAAACUACUGCAUUGGUUUAUUAAUUAAUUUAUAACCCCAUUAUUUUUGUAGCAUGCACUGAUCAAUAUAUACCGUAGCAAUACUUAGAUCGAAACAUUAUACCUCUGCAACCGAAAAAAGAAUUGUACUUCACCCAGAAAUGGAAGACAUAGAUAUUGUAAUUCAACCAUGAUGAUAUUAUGAGGUUGAUGGUCAGAAAAGUACUCAUGUUUGUUGAUUUUCCAUUAAUAUAUGUAUAUAUAUCUUCCCUUGUUGGCCUCA